UUCGUACGCUUAACGUUUGUUGUAGAAAUCAUGACUCUUGUGCCAUUACUUUUCUCCGAUUGGUGGCAAGACCUGGAGCGCCCGCAUUAUCUAUUGGACCAGAAUUUCGGUCUUGGAUUGUCACCCGAGCAAUUAAUACCAUCCAACGCUUAUGAUCAAUAUUAUUCUCCUUCUCUUUAUGGUAGAAGACGCAAUCCAUUGACGUAUUAUAGACCAUGGGGUGAGCUAAUGCGGCAGAUGGAAGGUGGUGGCACUUCGACCAUAAAAAAUGACAAGGAUAAGUUUGAAGUGAUUUUGGAUGUUCAGCAGUUCAAGCCUAACGAGAUCACUGUCAAGGUUGUGGACAAAUUUGUCGUUGUCGAAGGUGAGCAUAAGGAGCAAAAGGACCAACAUGGCACCGUCUCUCGACAAUUUGUUCGUAAAUACAUGAUCCCGGAGCAGUGUAAUAUCGAUCAGGUUACAUCGACUCUGUCGUCCGAUGGUGUUUUAAGCAUUAUAGCUCCGAGAAAAGAAGAGGCACUACCGAGCAAUCAGAAAAUUAUAAACAUUCAGCAUACGGGAAAGCCAGCUGUUCAAGCGAAGAAAGAAUCUGCUGAGAACAAGGUCGAUAAGAAACCGUGAAACAAGUAAAAAGAAAAAUGAUGGAAAAAUAGCAUCGAAAUACAUCGUUGAAUUAAAUUAAUAAAUUUUAAAGCGCCCAUUAGUAUAUAAA